AUGCAUGCUCUCCCGCUCCUAUUCAGACACUCUCUCCGGACAGGAGCCGGUUUCGCGAAAUCAACAUCGCCCAAUCACGUUUCGACCACAUCGUUUGUGGUAAAGCUUGCUCCUCCUCGGCAGCGGUCACGGCUCGGAUACGUUGAUGCUUCGAUAUGCCUACGUUGCCAAUUCCGUGCUCAAACGAGAUUUUACUCUGUGCAAGGGGAUGGAGGAGGCUCUGGAAAGGAGAAUAAAGAGGGUGGCAGUCUAGAGGGGGGAAACCCGACCAGUUCGACCGACGCGAAGCGGGACCAGACUUCCUCUCCGGAUAGCAGCUCUACGUUGAAAUCGUCAGAUAAAAGCCAAGCAGAGGAGUCUAAAGAUGGCCCAGAAUCAAGAAAAGAAGACGGCGAAGCCGAAACAGGAGGAAGUCUGCCCUCUCAUUGGGAAAGUCGUCGGUCGCAUCUCUCGAAACAAUUCUCCCAAUUGAUGGACAAUCUACAAUCAAAUAUUUUCAUUGCUAAUAGACACUUGAACGACUUGACUGGCUAUUCUGCAAUUGAGGCUUUAAAGAAGAAUAUAGUAGCACAAGAGGAACAUGUCCGACAAACGCGCACCCGAGUUAGAGAAGCCAAGGAUGCAUACUCAGCCGCAAUAAACCGUCGCUCUGCUUCUCAACGUGAAGUAAACGAACUUCUCCAACGCAAACACGCUUGGACCCCAACUGACCUCGAACGAUUCACAUCACUAUAUCGCUCUGACCACGCCAACGAGAGGGCUGAAACAGAAGCCCAGGAUGCUCUCAUGGCUGCUGAGCGUGAAGCAGAAGAAGCAGCUGGCCUGUUGAGCAAGAGCAUACUUUCCCGGUACCACGAAGAGCAGAUUUGGUCUGAUAAGAUUCGACGGAUGAGCACAUGGGGAACUUGGGGCCUUAUGGGAGUCAACGUGUUGCUGUUUUUGAUCUUUCAAGUCGCUGUCGAGCCGUGGAGGAGAAAGAGGCUGGUCAAGGGUUUCGAAGAGAAAGUUAUGGAGGCCAUAGAGAAAGAGAACGGAGCUCAAAAGGAGUACGCGGAAUUGGAGGGCAAACCGGCCGUCGAGGUCAUUCCCCCAGCCGUUCAAACCCAGCGGCUCACCGAAGAGCUAGCGUCCGAGGAUCAGGGCGAAAAUAUACCCACUUUCACAUCCGCAGCACCGUCCGAUUUGUCUUCCCAAGAAAUGCAGCCCGGAUUACCCAUACAACCUGAAAUCGAGCCUGAACUUGAACCUGAACCCGAACCGAUCGUCGAACCUCCUCUUACCACGAUCCUACCACCAGAGGCCUCUUUAUCCCCCGAUUCCUGGCAACAAACGUUCCGGGAUCUAUUCAGCGAGCGACGCGUAACUCUUUCCCAACGAGACCUGACGACAGUUGCCCUAGAAAGCGCAGCCGCCGGCGCGGCUGUCAUGGGUGUGCUGAUUGCCAUUUUUAGGCCGCGGUAAAAUAAAGAAAAGAAAUCUACUAUAUGUAGUAAUAUGUGCAUGAUGCUGAAAACAGAGCUGGUUGACGGGCAAAUGGGAAGGAAAGAGGAGAGAUGUAUCCAUCGAUAUGUAAGUUUUGUAUAGAAAAAAAAUAGCGUGUGAUUAGAUUUGUAUAUAGAUAUGUUUUUUCCUUGGUU